AGUGGCAGUGGCGUUUGUUUCUAGCCUAAACUUUGGAUUUUGUUAAUCAAAUCAAAUAUUUAAUUAAAUUGUCAAAUUUCAUCACAAUUGAAUGUUUAUUUUUAUAACUUUGUUUUGCAUGUUGUGACGCAAGUUAAAUGUCACAGCAUGGUGUCCUUCCAGUUGGUAAUUGAUAAAAGAAGUGAUAGGCAUAAAUAAAUGAAUUAAUAACAAAACAAUAACCUAAAAUCAUGUAUCACAAUAAUAUCUAUAGAAGUUUUUUUUUAUUCAUUGUUACAUUGUUAAAAGCUAAUAUUUCCCUAUCUGUAUCUGAAAAUGUUAACACUGUCCCUGGAUUACCAUUUUGUGGAGGAAACAACGCAGUUAGUGUCAACAAAAGGAUCAUACUUGUGAGCACUUUGGAUGGCAAAAUCUCAGCUCUGAACAUGAAUGAUGGAGGUUUGGAAACGUGGAGUGUUACUACAGGCCCUGGAGCUAUGUUGUCGUCCAGCAUUCACAGACUAGAACUUACUAACAAUGGGCAGUGGGUUAGGAUGAUCCCUUCUCUUAGCGGAGGACUGUACAAGUUCAACGGUGACUACAUAGAAGCCAUCCCAAUUACAGCAGAAAAUCUCUUGAGGUCAUCAUUCAAAUACUCUGAUGAUCUAGUAAUUUCAGGUGGAAGAGAGAGCAGAACGUACGGUGUUGAUCUUGAGAGUGGACGUGUGUUGUACGAAUGUUCUCUGGGAGGUUGUGACAACUACACAGAUCUGGACUCUACUGGAGACGUAGUGUUAGUACAGCGACAGACACAGACUGUACGAGCUGUGGAGCCUAGGACAGGCAUUGAGAGAUGGAACUUCAGUGUGGGUCAUCAUGAAGUGAAGGUGUCGCCAGGACCUUUGAUAGAUUGUCACGACACGCAGGACACGUCCUCUGACACUGUCCUGAAGGUGAUAGUGCCAGAAGGUCUUGUGUGUGCCUUGAGUAGCUCCCAUCCUGGCCGAAUCCUUUGGACCCACAAGUUUGACUCUCCAGUGGUGAGUGCGUGGAAGGUCAGCAAGGGACAGUUGGAGGAGGUAGAUCUGUUUGGAGGAACACACCCACCCUCUGGUCCAGACGUCCCCUCCUCCCCAGCUCUGUACGUCGGCAUGCAUGAGAAACAGUUAUACAUCCAAGAAAGUGUAAGUAUGCAGCAGAAAGUACACGAACUUGCUGAUGGAUUUCGUCAACAUUUUCUCACCGACGAACGUAGAUACCCUCAAAUUCCGUGGAAUCCAGUCUUAGUUUCAAGUACCGCUGUUGGUCUUCCUAGCCCAAAAUCUGAAGUGAAGAUAUCAGAUUCGCCAAGUGAAGCAGGCAGCGAAGGCAAUACUUUACAAACAACAGCUAUGUCUGUAUUGUAUGCAUCAGAGUAUGUUAAUGGUAAUGGGUUUUACUUAUACAGCAAUCCAGAGUCCCACAGGGAUUCAGCUAAAGAUGCCACACUCUGCCCUGCUAACAAUUCUUCAGAAAACACAACUGAGGAGGAAAUACCUGUUGUAGAAUCUCCUGAUGAGAUGACCUUUGCACAUAAUCAGAUCUUUGUUGUUUCUCUUUGGUUCUGGUGGAAAGAAGUUUUCUUAAUCAGCAUAACCACUGCCAUCGUAGUCAACUUAGUGAUAAGAAGAAGGAUAGAUCAUUCGAUUAGUUACCAUUCCAAUCAGCUUGACAUAGUAAAGAAGUCACUGAAGUCGUACAGUUCCCAGGACUCUGGCAUGUCCGACCUCAGUCUGCCUCUACAACGCUCCAGUGAGAGCUUUGAGUCUCGCUUCCUCACUGACUUCAUCCCUGUCCAUUGUCUCGGGAAAGGAGGCUUUGGUGUGGUGUUUGAAGCUAAAAAUAAAAUUGACGACUGCCACUAUGCAAUUAAGCGCAUUCCUCUUCCCAACAGUGAGGAGUCAAGAGAGAGAGUGAUGAGGGAGGUAAAGGCAUUGGCCAAGCUUGACCAUCAGAACAUAGUGAGGUACUUCAAUGCUUGGCUAGAGUGCCCUCCCCCAGGCUGGCAGGAAGUUCAAGAUCAGUUCUGGUUAAACAACAGGGAUUGCUUCAGCUCUAAUGGCGAAGCUUUCACUGUAGACCUGACUGGACAAGUGACACCAGAUAGUGAGAAGAGCUUCGGACAUGUGAUCAACAGGAACAGACUAAGGUUACAGCCCAAGUCUCUGUGGCAACCACCCCAAGAGUGUGUGUCUCACAGCUCAGCCCUGCCUUCUAAACUAGAGCCCUUAGAGGACGACAACGACUCCUUCAUUGUGUUCCAAUCACAUUCCAAAGAGUGUUCAGACGAAACCAUGUCAGAAAACAACAAUGAUAUCAAAGAGAUUGAAGUAGAAGAUAGCCAAAGAUUGGACAGUGCAAUAACAAUGACAUCAGACACAUCCAUGGACACAAAUACUGAUGUGACGGACGUAACUGAGAGCGAGACUCCAAAAAGACCAAACAAACUGGCUUUGAAAAAAACGACAGAAACUCGUGACUCAUCUAGGAUGUAUCUGUUUAUUCAAAUGCAACUGUGUAAGAAGAAAAGUCUCAAGGAUUGGUUAAAAGAUAACAUUCAUAAUAGAUCAAAGCCAGAUGUGAUCAGUAUAUUUGAUCAAAUUGUCCAGGCAGUAGAAUAUGUCCAUAUGCAGGGUCUUAUUCAUAGGGAUUUAAAGCCAUCCAACAUCUUCUUCUCUCCAGAUGGCCAGGUGAAAAUAGGAGACUUUGGCCUAGUAACAGCCAUGGCGGAGAGUCCAGUGGACAUCUGGGUCAGUGUGGAGGCUGAACUGGACGCCUGGGCUGAUGAGAAGCAUACUGCUCGGGUCGGAACUCAGCUCUAUAUGAGCCCUGAACAGGUAUCUGGAAAGCCUUACAGUUAUAAAGUGGACAUAUACUCCCUGGGUGUGAUUCUUUUUGAAUUGCUGGUUCCUUUCAACACCCAGAUGGAACGGAUACACACUCUGACAAAUCUGAGAGCCAACAAGUUCCCUGAAGACUUCCAAACCACGUUCGCCCAAGAGUACGAGUUGCUGAGACUAAUGCUGUCACCUCACCCAGAUGAGCGUCCCACAACAUAUGGCAUCCGAGCGCGGCCGCCACUUGAGUGUGUUUCACCUAGCUCGUCUAGCUCACUACUGGAGUGGCAUUUUGAUCUGCCCAAGCGUCGUACGUCUAGCAAGAGCUCCAGCCAGUCCAACAGCUUGGAGUCCUGAUCCAUCCAUCUCCAGGAUCAAACCGUUUGACUAACCAGUCCUAGGAAACAGAUGUAAGAAAGACAAUUCACAUUGUGAUGGCAUUAGGAGUAAAUUAGUACCUUUAGUUUUGUUGAUAGUACUCUAGAGGUAUUUCAUAUUAAUACUGUGAUAAGGGUUAUUUAAGAGCAAUUAAUUUUUUUUUUACAAAGACUAUCAAAUUGCCUGAGUGAAAAAGUGAAAUUUACUCAGAAGAUUCUAUUUAGAAAAAAAUGUUCAUAACAUAUUUGAUUGUUAGGCUUUUGAAGUAUUGCAUCCCUUAAAUAUGCUUGAACUUGCCAAACUCUACUACCCUACAGGGAAGUAGUGACUGCCGUAGGUGGCAUGGUAAGACCUAGAUCGGUGGGACGGUGGCUCAGUCGGUAGUGUCACAGACUUCAGGCCCAAUGCAGCGAUGUCGUGGGUUUGGAUCCUGGUCACUGCCACUACUUUUUAUCAGUACACUCCAUCCUUUUACUGUACCGGCUCACCCUUUGCACUGUUGGAUACGUUUCACGCACAGGUCCAUACGGCUUAUGUGGACGGGCAAAUGCAAGGUUAAAUAAAAGAGGCCACAAUCAUUGAUUGGAAAAAUCACAUUUUGAGAGAUUGUACUAUAGAGGAAAAUUAGCUUUCAGUGAAGCGGCAGUAUGGUAGCAAACCUGGCGGUUACUCACUGUUUGCGUCGGUGCGGUUGGUGUUGCCAACCCAACCUGCCACAAUAAAAACUCCCAUUUUCUUCUGUUGCUUUAUAGAACACUGACCUCAAUAUUGUUGAAAUUUUUGAUGGGCAAAUGUGUUAAAUAAAUUAAAUUCCAGUAAUUGAAAUGUAAUUAAAUUAUACUAAAUUGAACUAUGUGUGUUUUCAAACUACUUUUACAAAUUUUUGGUGCAUUGGUUGGCAACAGUGUAACUAGCUCACCACUCUUACAACUCCUACUUGAGCUCGAACUGACAUGAGCCGCCUUCUUGAAUUGACUUCUGGUAGAACUGCCAGGUAGAACCCACUUAAGAAAAUCAAAUAUUGUUUAUAUUGUUGCAUUGUACAGUUUAUUGUUGCGUUGUACAUUUGAAUGUUACAGAGAGAAUACAAAAAAAAAACUGGACAUUUAAUUUAUUCAUAUGUAGAAAAAGAAAACUGUGUUAGUUUGCUUGUUUAUAGAUUUUGUAUGUUGAUCGAAUUUAGCAAAUUUAUUAAUUCCACCCUAUACUGUUAACAUUCAAUUUGGUAAAAAAAGAACCUUUUUUCCUUUCCCAUCGCAGCAAACCAAAGUAAGCCUACUCGUUAAAUCUAAUGUUUGCAGAAAAAGUAUAUCUUGUUGAAAUUUCUGAGUUAGAAUCCUAUCAGACAAAUUGAAACCCCAUAAGUGUGCAGGUUUACUGCACCAGGGAUAUUUUUCAACCUCUGCUGUGUAGGUAUUCCUAACAUGUGUGGUGAUCCAAAGCCAGGGAAGUACCAAUACAACAUAACUGACAUGGUCAAGACAAUGGCGACCAGCAACAUCGUCACUUAGCCAAACAAGCUAUUGUGUUUGGCAACCACGUGUUCAGUUGUUUCAAAAUAAUUCAAUUAUAUAGAUGCGUAACUUGCAUGAUUUGGAAAUAUUUUCAUUUGUGAAACAAUCAAAUAUUUAUUUUUGUUGCUCUUUUUAUUAUAAAACAUAGGCUAUGGUACUUAAAAAAAAACAGGUAUAUUUAACAAUUAUUGUUUAAAAAUGUAUAUUCAGGAUCUUUGUGAAUUUGUUGUAACAGUAAAUUAGAAAACUGGUAUACAGUAACAGGCAAAUUCGCUUGGUUUGUCUAAUUACAUUAAUAAUGUUGUUUUGGCUAGCCCAGGCUUUGGAGGGUCCGCAAUCCGUUUGUGGUUAUCAAUCUUUCUUUAUGAAAUAUUAAAAUUAUCUUAUUUAAAAUUUCAAUAAUUCAAAAACCAAAUAUACAAAUGAAAAACUGAUUGCGGCAUUGAGUUCAGCAUAAAAAAGUUGUUCAAAAUGAUGGGUCACAACACCACCUUCACAUUUAAAUUAAUUUGUCACAUUUCAAAAUGGCGGAUCCAAGAUGGCGGCCUGAAACAUUACAUCCGUCAUAACUAAGUGAAAAUAGGUCGACAAUGAAUGAUGGUGUAUACUUAUCUUUAUCUAGCACUAUUUUGAGAUUAUGGUCUUAGUUUGUAAAUGCACAAUGUUAAAAUGGGCUAAAAAUAAAGUUAUAAAAAGUCCUUAUAAAUUUAGAACGGAUCAAGAUUUUUUAAACUAAUUGCGGCAUUGUAAUCAGCGUAAAAUUCUAGUUUGAAAUAAUGGGUCACAACCCUACCUUUACAUUUGAAAAAAAAAACUUUGUAUCCAAUAUGGCGGCCAAAAAUGUAUACCCAGUCAAAAUGAAGUACUUACUACUCUACAAUGAUCUGACGUGGUCCGGAGUUGAUAUCUUAAGAAAUGUAGAAAAAAGUAGGGGGGGGAACUCAUUUAAAACUCACCCUGUAUAAUCAAUAUGAACACAUUUUAGGUGAUAAAAAAAAAAUUUUAAUAAACCUUUAUAAAUAGAUUGCAAUUCACAUAAUGUUUUAAGUUUCAACUUUGAAAUUUGAAAGUGCGCUGACGUUCUUCCAAACUUCGGGCAGCGAUUCGUCACCAAUUUGUUUUAUCAUUUUGCUGGGCCUUUAGAUCUGCAAUUUCUCUACUUUUAUUCUUCGACUUCAAUCCGUGACUUGGCCGAGGUUCUGAGACAUUUGGCGAGAUGUAUGAGCUGGUUUGAACCGGCUCGGUUGUAGACAAAAUGGCAAAAUUUGUUUUCCGGCGAUCGAUUGUAGCUUCUCUCCCUUGCAGUUCUUUAUACAUAUAUUUUCACUUGAGAGGUCUUUUGCGUUUCAUUCUCAACCUUGAAAAUAUUUAACACUAAUAUGUAACCAAACUAAACCAAAUAAUUUAACCUAAUAAACCAAACUAAAUAUACGGUAACUAUUCUUUAAAACGUUUAUUCCAAUCCAACCAAUACAGUUAUUUUUGAUUACACGUCAAAUCUGAUGAUGAUAAUAAGAAUCUGUACAUCAGCUGAUUCUUAACUUCAGCUACAAAAUGGUAUUGACGAUAACAUGGGCACUUUCAAGGGCUGUAGGGCGGAAAUUGGAUUUUUCCAAGCCAACUCCCAUAGAUUUCCUGUGGCCAAAUACCACAUAUAUUGAACAAAAAUCAAAAAUCCUCGGACGAAAGAAACAUUUUGCUCGUAAACACGCUUGUUUUAGGGUAUAGGAUAUAGUUGCACUAGCAUUCUUUUAUUACAAUUUUUAGGUAUUUGUGAAAAAUUUUAGUGUUUAUUAGACAAAAACGCUGUUUCAGCUUGAAUUUCUUACCUUAACUUUCUUUUUGGAUGUUUUAAUUUUGUUCUAAGAUUACCCCUGGUUUUCAAUUCUAAGGUCAAGUAAAGGAUUUUUUACAGUCUUGUCUUCUAUAUUUUAGUCUUUAUUAAUUGAAUCUGUAAUAUUAUUCUAAAGCUUAUAUAAACAGCUCCUAUUAGUGUUUUAUUUUAGGCUAGAUUGUUUUAGCUGUAUAUUGUAAAUAAUAAUUUAAU